CUCCUUUAUAUGUCUCCUUCUUCCUCCUAAUUUUCCUUCUCCUCAUUUUCGCUGUUUCUUCUUUUGAUUUUGGUUCAUACUUCAAGGAUUACAGGUGGGUUUCGUGUUCUUCCUUGUUGCCAACUCGAUUCUGCUUCAACCCAGAUUGAUUUUCAGGCCAUUCUUUUAGUGGGGUUCUUCCAUUUUUUGCUUUUGAUUUCUCUCUGCCAUGGCUUGUUCGUUGAAGACUGGUCUCUCUGUUUCCGGGCUCAAGGAUAACUUCCGUUCUUCCAAAUCGUCUGUGAUUUCUGGGGUUUGUACUGCUAAUUUAAAAGGGUCGACCCAGAAGGGGUUCCCUGUUUUGCGCGUCGAUUUCUUGGGGAGACCUGUCGUGGUUUCGGAUCAAAAUGGCGUUAGAAACUCGAACCCUAAAUCCCCAAAUGUCCUAACCAUCAAUGCACAGGCUUCUAUCUGUAUUGGGCGAAGUCAGAGAUGGUGGGAAAAGAGCUUGAAACCUAACAUGGUGGAGAUCCACUCUGCACAAGCCCUUGUGGAGGCAUUGCUUGAUGCUGGUGAUAGAUUAGCCAUUAUUGACUUUUAUUCCCCUGGCUGUGGAGGUUGCAAAACCCUUCAUCCUAAGAUCUGUCAACUAGCUGAGUUACACCCUGAUGCAAUUUUUCUCAAAGUUAACUUUGAGGAGCUCAAAACCAUGUGCCAAGCUCUCCAUAUUCGUGUUCUUCCCUUCUUCAGGUUCUAUAGAGGUGGAGAAGGUCGCGUUUGUAGCUUUAGCUGUACAAUCUCAACUAUUAAGAAAUUCAAGGAUGCAUUGGCGAAACACGGAACCGACCGAUGUAGCAUCCUUCCAGCUAAAGGAUUAGACGAAUCCGAGCUCGAACGGUUAGCAAUGGCGGGUGAAUUAUCAUUAAGUUCACCAUUACCAUAUCACAAGGAAGGAACAUUGAAGGAUCUAUAUUCUUAUAGUUCUUGGGACACAUCAGGCAAUAAAAGGGAAGAGAAUCACCUGAUUCUUAAGGUGUAAAGCUAUGAUAACACUAAGCAAAUUGAAAGAUUAUUAGUUGAUGAAUUCUUUUGUUUUUGAGAUUGUGUUGUACAUAGUGAGGAUUUGGGGUUUGCCCCAUGAGCAAGGCCCUCUGGUUUUUCUUAGUGUGUGCCUUGCUUUCUUUGCAUUGCCAAUCUGUUGUAAGAACUGGAAUUGGCUAUCUGUUUCAGUUUUCUAAUACACAGAUCAUGCUUUUGGUUGCUA